UGACAUAUCAAAGGUAGUGGUCGUUUUCUGAUACGAAAAUAUCAAUAAUGAUCAAUAACUUAAACAUAACAAAAGUUGCGAUAAUAUUCUAACAAUAUAUCGCUUUUCUUUAGCAUAAAACAUUUAGGAUGUGUGAUGUUUGUUCAGAGUUUUCUCAACUUUUAUUGAAUUGCGAAGCAAGAUUAUCAGAUGAUGUUUCCCAAUAUCCGACAAUAAGCCAAAACGAGCUUGAAGUUGUAUUAAACUAUAUUCAUUCGUGGCCGCAAAGACAAUGUAUGUGCUGUUAUCGAGAUGUGAAGAAUUAUGAGAGAUUCUACCUUGUUAUACAAAGUAUCAUAUGCCUCUCUGUUUACCAACUCAAACUUCUGAAAGAUGAGGUUGUAAGUGCUUCUAAUAAAACCCCACCAGUAUCUGACGUAAAAGAAAAUGAAAUAGUUAGCAGUAGGAGUGAUAUAGAAAUAAAUGAAAAGGAAAGUAGUGAUUUGACAGUAGAAAGUGAAAAAUCUUUAAGUAAUGAUCAAAGCCAAGAUGACAUUCAAAUUGACAAGCCCUCAACUAGUACAAAUGUUGAAGUAUGGACAACUCAACAGAGAGAACGACUUCUACACAUUGUUUCAAAAGUGUUUCUACUCCAUUUUCCGUUGUACUUAGUAUGCAAACAUUCAAUAUUGAAUAGGCUUGAUGACCUUUCAGCAUUAGAAAUAUCUAACUUAAGUUCUUACUGUGAUCUUCAUGAUACAGAAAUUCCACCAUACCUUUUGAGAAAUGUGAAUUUAUUUUGUAAGUUGGGUGGUGUGACAUCUAUGUUAACAGUGUUUGAACAUGCCAAUAGUAGCAGCUUACCGGUGUCUUUAGCUCAUGCAAUAGUAGCCACUAUAGGGAAUCUGAAAAUUUGGUUAAACUUUAGAAUGGUUACACAAUACUUCUGGCCUCUGCGAAGUAAAAUAUUACAGUACAUGUGCGGCUUGGAAGAUAAGGAUUUGAGGGUACCAGCAGUAAAAUCCAUGGCAGAUUUCAUGUGGGGAGCCUCAAAAGAACCUAUUGAGUCACCUUUAAGCAUUGAUCUAGACGGACUAGCUCUGGCUUUUAAGUAUUUUAACAGCAGUACUUUGACCAUGAGAUUAGCCGGAAUAGCUCAAAUAAAUGCUCAUAUAGCAGCACACAAUGAGCUGUGUGCUGGGGACCUAGCAUCUGAUGCUGAGAUAGCUGGACAAAAACUUGCAACCUGGUUGACUGCUUAUGAAAUCAUUGAGCAUUUGUUUGGCCCUAAUUUACAUGUUGAGGUUAUAAAACAAUCACAUAUGAUUCUCAAGUUUCUGGCUGUUGAAGGGAGAGUAACACCUGAACAUAUAGAGCUUGUGUGGGCAGCAGCGCAGCUGAAGCAUUGUGGACGUCAAGUGUAUGAUUUACUACCUGGAUUUAUAAGAGCACUGUCUCCUAAACCCUGUAGUCAUCUCUACAGCCUACUUUGUUCGCUACCUCCAAAGGAACACACUGAGCAGAGUCUUUAUUUGGCAUCUGCACUGAUGCGGGCGAUGUGGUCUCGAGGACGAACAGGUGUAUCGGGAGGUGUCAGCAGUCCUGUAGGGGAGCCCCCACGGCUGCCACCUCCGGCUUGUAAACCACAUAGGUCUUCAUCAGAAGCCAGUGUCAGUAUGGAUCAGACUAAUUCUGAUGAGGAUCCGUGUGAGGAGCUAAGCACAUCGGGGGAGGAAGCCGGUCCUACACCGCGAAAGCAGAGCAAACAUCAGCGUGAACUUACAGCUGAACAGGAAUGGCUUCGAGAAGGCGAAGAGUUGGCGAAGAAAACAUGUCAAAAACGCAGCAAACGCGCCGGGAGCAGCGGCAGUGCAAGCAGCGGCGCCGAAGAGAUGCUGAGACCACGCAAAAAGAAGCUGUAUAAGAAACGACAGAAGACUGGAAAAUCUAGACAUUUCCCACCACCAAUGAAGAACUCAGAGCUGGCUGAAUCAGUGUCUGAGGUGGAGGAGGAAUCGUCCGGGAGUGAAACAGCACAUUGCCAGCUGAUCUGUGAUAGUGUAGAUGCAAGGAGGUUAAUGGAGCUCCGUCUGCUGGAGAGCUAUAAGCGUAGGUCUGAGGAGGAAAACAGUGUUUCGUCCCCCACCUCGACUCACUCGCAUCGACACCUACCUGACCUUGACGAAGAUGACUCCGCCUGCGAGGAGGAGCUAGCUAGACUCGCUGCUCAGGCUCAAUGUUUAUCGGAAUAUAACGUGGGCGGUCUAGUGAGCGGUACGAUAGUCGCGGGCGCGGGGAUCGGGACGCUACCGUUCAACGUGGACGACGUGUGCCGGCCCGGCAACACGCUCCUCUGGGACCUGCUGCAAGAUGGCGCCAUUGAGCAACUUGGAGACGGUCUUGCUUUGGAAGCAGAAAAGGCUCUAUGCGCACUGCUGUGUUUCAGUACUGAUAAAUUUAUAAGGAUCAAAUUCAUAGAAGGCUGCCUCGAUAAUCUGGCCAAUCACAGGUCUGUCGCGGUGUCACUCAGACUAUUACCGAAGUUAUUUUCAUCUUUUCAACAACUACGUGGAAUGGAUAUGCACCAAGUGGUGAUGUGGGCGGAGCGCGAGCGCGGCAUGAUGCGCCUGUUCCUGGAGGAGCUCCGUCAGUUCGUGCGACGCGCGCCCGCCGACCCGUACGCUCACAUUACCGAGCUCACCGUGCGACUCCACUUCCUCACCGCCAUAUUUUCGCCCGUCGGAUCGCCGCAUCAUUUCCGUCUGACUGUGGACCAAGUGGAGGAGCUUUGGCAGUGCCUGGUGGUAGAGGGUGGCAGCGAGUGCGCAGACUGUCUCUACUCGUGGCUUCUCUCUCACACCAAGUCACCUGAGCAACACGCUCUGGGCUUGGAUGCGUUGAGGUUCCUGUACGUCGAGAAGAUGCCUACGCUAGAUCCGGAGACGAUAAGUAUAAUGGGCCUCAGCCUGUACCAGCAGCUGUGUAACUUGGCUCGCAUGGCGCUGGGUGCGGGAGAUGCGGGAGAUGCCCACCCGCACCACCCCCACCACCCCCACACGCUGGCCAUGGACCAUCUGUGGAAGAUCGCGCUCCGGGCUAUCAGCACAGACGUCUCAAUGGGUGCCAUACAAUAUUUGAACAGUUACUAUAUGGGCCAACAGUUACAACAAGAGGACGAUUUUGUUUCCAAAUGUAUGUUCCAUCUCUCCUCUGCCGCUGAAAGAUUGAUAUCCAAGAAUCGGGAUGGGGAGGGUACCUCUUCACAAGAUACUAAAAAGGAAGAGGAAGAAGCUGUAGAGAAAUCAACGAACAAACAGAAUAUAUAUGAACACAUGACUAAGGAAGCCGCGCUUCAGUGCAUACAAAGAGCGCUAUUGUUGCUUAAAACUCAUCUGGAUACUUUUAAAAGAAGGUACGCGUACCACCUGCGGCGGUGGUCGCUGGCGGAGUCCGGCGCGUGGGACGGCGCGGGCGCGGGCGCGGGCGGCGUGCGCGUGACGCUGCAGCCGGCGGGCGCGGGUCCCCGCGCGGUGGUCACCAUGCACCAGUGUGACCUGGUGGCGCACCUGCGAGCGCACGUGCACGUCUGGUGGGAGAAGCAGAUUCAAGGUGAAGACGCAGUGACGUCAUUAGCAACGGAUGGACCGCUGCGAAUGAUCACGCAGGGACAAGAGCUCACUAUCGAUUACGACGAGCGUACGCUAUUUGAUAUGGGAUUUAAGGAUAACCAGUUGGUAUUCGUUUCGGUGGGCGUGGGCAGUCGGGGCUCGUGGGCGGACUGGCCGAGUGCGCAGCCCGCGCCGGCUCGGGCUCGUCUGCCGACACACCUGCUGCUGGACCCCACAUACUUCCACCAUCUCUUCACGCUCAUGCAGGCUCUGGCGCAGAUGAAGGAGCCUGGACCCAACGGGGAAAUGGUAGCUCAUAUGAAGGCGCAGUUGCAAUCCCGUCGCGUUUGGGAUAUACUGCAAGCUGUGCCUCUCAACCCAACUCUACUAGAAGCAUUCCAAAAUCCCACCGAGGGCAAACUGCCCGAGCUGUUGGACCCGACCAGUCCACAGAAACUCAUGUACUCACUACAUAUAAUUGAUAAAUUGAGCCUGUGUAAUGGAAACCCUAAUUUGAAGGAAACCUCCGCAGUCAUUACUAACAUUGAAGAGACCGAGGAGCAAGCCAAUGUAGAGAAUUGGAAUGAGUUGUUUAUCAAGAAGGGUGGCCUGAGAUUGCUGUAUGAUAUCAUCAUGUCGGGUGUACUACAGAGAAGUGAUGAUAGCGAAUGGCGACAGGAUUGUUUGGCGCUGUUGCUACAGUUGGUGUGCCGUAUUGGGACAAUGCCAUCGACGGAGACGGGACAGACGCCGAGACUACAUCCGGCUCUACAAUCGUUGCUAAGCAUAGAAGAGACGACAGAUCGGCUGAUAUCUAUACUCUGUGAAGCGGCCACUAUCAAGGAGCCUGUCACUUAUAAAACGGGAUUCUGGGGUCGAGCACAGGUGGUGCAGCACGCCAUGCGGCUGUGCGUGGUGUGGGCUCGGGGCGGGGCUUGUGGCGCGGCGCGGGGCGGGUCGCUGGCCUGGGCCCUGCGGAAGGCCGCGCCGCGCCUGCUGCUGGACGACGCCGACCCGGCGGUCCGUCGCGAGGCGGGGUCGGCGCUGUACCGGCUGUGCGCGGGCGGCCAGGUGUCGGUGUUAGCGCCGAUGCUGCACCUGCUGCUGCAGCACCUGCCGCGCGCCGCCGACAUGCGGCCGCACGCGCUGCCUCUCCAUCAUCACGAGGCUGUGCAUCACCAUACGGAAGAAGGUAAAGAGCCGUACGGACCGGCCUGUCGGGACUAUUUCUGGCUCGUCUGCCGGCUUAUCGAUGGGCUACCUGAAGACUACUUCAAAGAAGGUGCAUUGACAGAGGAUAGCGGUGCGCCUGACCUCAACGAACUGUGCGAACAGCUGAGUACUUCUCUCGAGAAGCGUGAGAUCAUAGAGAAGAGAGGCGAGCCGUGCGUACCCGAUGACGGCCUCUAUGGUCAGCUCAGCCUGCUGACGCACCUGCUCAAACAUCCACUGCCGUUCAAGACGUCGGAGCAGGGCACAAGGUGCUUGGAAGCGGUGUUCGGAUUUCUAUUUUACGUGCCGAAUCCAAACCAACGCAACCUGCCCAAGUGCAAGUCGCAGAAAUCUCGCGCGGCCGCGUAUGAUCUUCUCAUCGAGCUCGUUCGCGGAGCGCCCGAUAAUUACAUGAUACUCUACGAUAAGCUCAUGGAACACCAUAAACCAGCGGGCGACAGCGUGUACCCGUGGGACUACUGGCCGGCCGAGGAGUCCCGCUCGGAGUGCGGCCACGUGGGGCUCACCAACCUGGGCGCCACGUGCUACAUGGCGUCGUGCAUGCAGCACCUGUACAUGAUGCCUCGCGCGCGGGCCGCCGUGCUGCGCGCGCAGCCCGCCCGCUCGCGGCACGCGCCCGUCUUGAGGGAGAUGCAGCGCAUGUUUGCCUACCUCACGGAGAGUGAACGGAAAGCUUACAACCCGCGCAGCUUCUGCAAAGUUUAUCAGAUGGAUCACCAGCCGCUGAACACUGGCGAACAGAAAGACAUGGCGGAGUUCUUUAUCGACCUGGUCUCCAAAAUCGAGGAGAUGACACCUGAGCUAAAGAAUCUGGUCAAAACUCUGUUCUGUGGCGUUCUUAGCAACAACGUUGUUUCGUUGGACUGCGGGCACGUGUCUCGCACGCUGGAGGAGUUCUACACGGUGCGGUGCCAGGUGGCGGACAUGCGCAACCUGCACCAGAGUCUGGACGAGGUCACCGUCAAGGACACGUUGGAGGGCGACAACUGCUACACGUGCUCGCACUGCUCCAACAAAGUGCGCGCCGAGAAACGAGCGUGUUUCAAGAAGUUGCCGCGAAUCUUGUGUUUCAACACGAUGCGAUACACGUUCAACAUGCUCACAAUGCUCAAGGAGAAGGUGAACACUCACUUCUCGUUCCCGAUGCGGCUGGACAUGUCCGGAUACGUCGAGAAGCAUCUCAUGCCUGCGCACUAUCAAGAGGAGAAGAGGAAAUCCGCUGAGUUGAAGAAAGAUGGCGACCAAAAUAACGAUACCGAUGAAAGUCCUGAUGAAGAAUAUUACGAGUACGAGUUGAUCGGCGUGACGGUACACACGGGCACCGCAGACGGCGGACACUACUACUCCUUCAUCCGCGACAGAGAGAUCCACCACGACCGGUGGCUGCUCUUCAACGACGCUGAAGUCAAGGUGUUCGAUGCCGCGCAUCUGGCCGCUGAGUGCUUCGGCGGAGAGAUGACGAGUAAAACAUACGACUCGGUGACCGAUAAAUUCAUGGACUUCUCUUUCGAGAAGACGAACAGUGCGUACAUGCUGUUCUACGAGCUGAGCCCACCGCAGAACCAGCGCAGCUCCGAGAGCGGACAGCAAGAGGAGCCGCAGGCGUCGACGGCCGACGAGAGUGUGGGCGGGGCCGAGCGCCGCGGCGGCGAGAGUGGCGACGAUGACGUCACACUGCCGCCCGACCUGCUCAAGUGGAUCUGGGACGACAACAUGCACUUCCUGCACGACAAGAACAUAUUCCAGCACGCCUACUUCACAUUCAUGGGCCAGAUGUGCAGUUCUGUGCCUCAGUCCCUGCUCACCCUGCGGCCGGAGAUCACGGAGGUUGCUGCUAGGCUCUCCACCUCAUUCUUCAUAGAGACCUUUAUACACGCUAAGGAAAAGCCAACAAUGGUAUCGUGGGUAGAGCUGGUGACGAAGCAGUUCAACGCGUCGGCCGCCGCGUCAGAAUGGUUCCUUGGACACAUGGCCGUCGACACGUGGUGGCCCAUGCAGGUCCUAAUAAAGUGUCCAAACCAAAUGGUGCGGCAGAUGUUCCAGAGGCUAUGCAUGCAUGUCAUACAGAGGCUAAGGUCUAGUCAUUGCGCGUUGUACCUGCAAGGUUCAGAAGAUGGUGAUAAUAGUAAAUUAGGAGAAGCGAGCUGUGUUACUAAAUUUAUAAGGAUGCUGUUGUCUCUGAUGGAGUCGGGCGCGCGGUCUCACCUGCGGCACCUCACAGAGUACUUCAGCUUGUUGCACGAGUUCAGUAAGAUGGGCGAGGAGGAGGGGCGAUUCAUGUUGCGUGCCAACGCCAUCUCCACUAUGAUCAAUUUCUAUCUCGGACAUCAUUCGACACAGGUAGAAUCACCGACAGAGGAGGCAGGCAGCAGCAGCAGCAGCGGCCACGCGGAGGCGGGUGACAAGCUGCGGCCCGGCGCGCUCGACAAGAUGGUGGCGCUCGUGGCCGGGCUGGUGGAGCGAGCGCGCGGCGCCGCCCCGCACGCGCUGGCCGACAGCGAGGCCGACGUGCUGCUGCACGCCAAGGGGUUUCCUUUCAUCUAUCAACAAACGCGAGAUUGUAUGAACCUGCAACAGACACGCUCACUCAUCUUCGCGCUGUGUCGCUGGAACGAGCCGCUGGCGCAGAAGAUUGUUAACAUGAUAUUUCAGGCGAUUGCUAAGCAUUCCGAAGCAUCGGGGCCAUUUUUUAAGCUAAUAACAUUACUGGUGGAGGGCAGCGGCAGCGGGUCGGGUUCCACGGCAGGUCUGCCGUGCUUCACGCAGCCCGUCCUGUCGCGGCUGUGGGACCUGAGUGACACGUGUCCGCACGCCGCGCUCGAGUGGCUCGCCAUGCAGGUACCUCGCAACAAGGCAGCGCACGCGUGGGCGCUGCGCACUGCCGACCGCUGGGUGGAGGCGCAGCUGCUGGCGUCGGGCGCGGGCCGCGUGCGUGCGGCGGCCGCCCUGCUGCUGGUGGCGCUCGUGCCCUCGCAGCACUUCCGUGCGGGCUACGGCCGGGCCCGCGCGCACCCGCCCGCGCACGCCAAGCUGCCGGACACUGCGCACCACUCGCUGCACCAGGUGUACACGAUGUUACUUGGAAAACUGAAGGCUGCGCGCAAGUACACUGACAUUGCGGUGCACGGGACUAUGAAGCUCACGGCUUACUUCGGUGUUAUGUCCUACUGCGUCGUCAGCAGAGUUGAGAAGUUAAUGUUUGGCCAAUACUUCAACGACCUGUGGGACCUGUAUCACCCGGGCAUAUCGGAGCCUUCCGUCGCAGUGCACCCCAACAAGCAGGCACUCAUCACGUUCUGGCACACGGUGUGUGUCGAUUGCCCGGAGAAUGUGCAGCUCAUAGUGUCCAACCCGAGGGUGGUGAAACACAUCGGCUUCAACUAUAUACUAGCGGACCACGACGACGGCGAGGUGGUGUCGUACAACCGCGCCAUGCUGCCUGCGUACUACGCCCUGCUGCGCCUGUGCGCGCGCCGCUCGGGCUCGUUCGCGCGCUCCCUGGCGCAGCACCAGAACCUGCACUGGGCCUUCCGGAACAUCGCGCCACACGCGCACCUCUACCCCAGCGCUGCCGACGAACUGCUACGAUUAGCAAGAAUACUGGCUUCCCGCAGCGGCGGCAGCAACAACGGCAGCAGUAGCAGCAGCAAUAGCAGUACCAACAACAACAGCAAUGAGAUAGAAGAGAGAGAAGCGGCAGCCUUCAGACGAAGCACGUUGACGGCUUAUUUACAAGGUUUAAAUGGACGAACGUCGUGGUCUACGCUCAUAUCUGCCUUCUGUACGCUGGUGGAAAACGGUGACGACAGAUUAUACGUGGUGUACAAUGGAGGACUACAGAUGACAUUUGAGGCGCUGCACAGCCUGCACGCCGUGUACGUGGAAGGCGGGGCGGGCUCGGGUCCUGCGGCGUCCGGCGUGCGCGGCGAGCUGACGGGCGCGCUGCGUUGGGCCCGCUCACUGUGCCGCACGCUGCGGGCGCGGCGCGACCACCAGGAGGCGCGCUCGCUGCUGCUGGCGUGCAAGGACUGGCCCGAGUGCGCACGCCGCCUGCUCACCCUGCUCACGCUGCACCAGCGGUCUGCUGCGCUGGCGCACGCCGCACUCGGCGUGCUCCGCGAGCUGGUCAUGAUCGGCGGCGGCGCGGCCCUGGGCGCCCUGGUGCCGCUGGCCGUGAGCGCGCACGGCGCCGCGCGGCCGGCGCGCGCGCCGCUCGUCGCAGCCACCCGCGCGCACGUGCCCUUCUACCGGCCCUACCACAAGUUCAUCGACACGUGCUGCCGUGUGGCUCGCUCACAGCGCUGCAUGUCGGAACAACUCGUGCUUCUGUCGGUGCUGUGCGCGCUUGAAGCCAUGCAUCUACGGUUCAGCUACUUCGCGGCGUUCUGGCGGGACGUCGCAAACACGCCGGCGGAUGCUAAACUGGAAGAAUUAUUAUUGGAAUGCAGUGCGCUAUCAGAAUACAUCGACGCGAUUUUACUGGACGAAAGGGACUCUUUAGAAGACCCCAAUAUUUAUGAAUUCAUGCAACAUUACUAUCCUAAGGUGUGCUCGAUGAAGUUGUGCGGCGCGAGUACGAGUGCUGCGGGCGCGGCGAGCGCGGCGGAGUCGUUGUGUGCGGAGCUGAGCCAGUCGCCGCCCGGCUCGCUGCUGGGCCGCGUGCGCGCGCUGCUGCUGCUGCUGCCCGCGGCGCCCGCAGCCCCGCCCAGCUUGCGAGCCGCGCUGCAUGCGCUGCAGCAGCGGACCGACUCCGAUGAAGAUAAUGUUGAGGCGGAGUCGUCAGUAGAGCCGGUACCUCGCUGUCCGACCCCUGAGGAGAGCGAGCCUGAGGACACACUCGACGUGCCGCCCGACACAGACGAGUCGCAGGACGACGAGUCGCCGCCGCCCCCGCGCGGGCCCGCCGCCCCCGCGCUGCUGCGGGGCACGGUCGCUGCGCUGGCGGCGCGAGUCACGCAGCACACGCCACAGUCACGUAGCGACCAAGACAACGCGCACGAAGCGGUCGACUGAAGGUACGCGGCUGACGCGAGUGACACUUGUGUGAUGUGUGUGAUGUACGAUACAUACAACAUGUGCACUCGAGUCAUUAGUGGUUUUAAACUGUGUGUUGACUUAUCUUAAGGAUUAUUGAUCUCCAUAACCUCCAAGUGUAGACUGUUUCCGUUAUCGACGGAUCAUGUGAUGCUAUUGAUGGAACUAAACAGCUUUUACUAAUCAAACUAUAUCAUUAACUUCGUCAAAUACAACGUAGAAGGCUAUGAAUAAGAAUGGAUUAAGUAUUUUGGAUUCAAUGAAUGUUAUUAGAACGUUAUUUGUGAUUGCUUGCUACUGUUGUGUGUGCUAUGUUAAAAUGCAUAUCAGAUAUGUUAUGAUUAAAUUAAUUAUUUCUUUCUUGCUUUAUAUCAUGUUAUUAUAAGAUAAUUAAAAAAUGAAAUUACUAUCCCCCUUACGUUCCAGUGAUGUUUACUAUGACACAAUGAAUUUAUAGUGAUAACAUAACCCCCGCGGGUUGCAACAGGAACAGGAAAAAUCGGAUACAAACGUCACCAAGAUGGCGGCCUGUCCCUCUAUCGACUUGUGGGGAUUAUAGCACACCAAUGUUCAAUCCAACCAAUGUACGUGUAUAUAUUAAAGGAGACAAUUUUUUGGGCCCACUAGAAAUCCUUUCCACUUCGAGAUGGCGACGAUUGACAUAAAUGAGUUAUUAAAAUUAUAUGCUACGAUUUAUGGUGGGCCCAUUCUCCAUUAAUGGAAAAAUUGUCUCCUUUUAUUACUAUAAUUAUGUUAGAUACUUUAAACAGGUACACAGUAUUAUAUGUACCUAUUAGAAUUAUUAUUGUAUCGUCAAUUAAUUGAGUAUAUUACAACAUAAGUGAAUUUCAAGUUCUUUAGACGCCUAAUAAAGGACAAUAGCUUUCAGAUUCCACAGUUGUUUGCAUCGCUAAUAUAUUAUAUGGUUAGUAGGAGAAUACUGGGCUAUACUGUCAACGAUUCAAUUAUAGAUUCAAUGUUGUACAAUAAUUAAAAGUUAAUAGAUCAAAACUUAAUUGUAGUAAUUUGGGUGAAAAAUUAUAAAUGUGCAUAAUUAGGUUGUAACAAAUUUCCCCUGAUUUAUUUGACUAAAAAAUAGUACAUUCCAAUAUCACAAAAAUGGUACCAUCUUACCAUGCCUACCCUGACUUAGAUAUAUGAAUUAGUGGCAUUCAAUAGCAAUGUUCAAAUAAUUAUAACUUCUUAUAAUAUAUUGCAAUCUUAUUACUUGGACGUAGUUAUGCAGAAAGGACUCAAACCACACAAAGGCACUUUUGAGUUAUAAGUAUUUGAUAUUUUAGCUCUAAAUAAUCUUCCAUAUAAACAUCAAAAAAAAAACAGAUUCCAUGUACAUUUUAAAAAUAGACGUGAUCAUGUUUAUAUAGGCUACAUGACAGAUUUGACCUUCAGGAAUACGAUGGCAUACCUAACUCUAUUUUGACCAAAGUGUGGUUUGAGUCCUUUUGGCUUGGACUCAAACCACACUUUGGUCUACGUCCACUUAUCAAUGAUUCAUUAAUUUAUUUCGAAUUGAAUUUUAUUUUUAAGACUGUUACGAUUUUAAGGUAUAGAUUGUAUGUAUGUGCAAAAGCGUCACAAUAAAUAAUAUUUUACAAGUACUUCGGAGAUUGAGAACGAUAUCGUUAUCUUUGAUAAACAGCGUGGUCCAAAUACUGACAGUAUAGAUACGAUUGGGAUACGCAUCUUAGAAUGAAAAUGCCAUCCACCAUUAAAUUAUUAUUGUACUAUCGCUCCCAUGGUAGUGGGCAGUGGCGUCACAAUGGACUGUAUUGUACUAAGUUCAAUUACCGCAAGUCGUUCGGCUGCAUCACCAUACAUGAUUACUGUCAAAGUUGCGUCAUAAUAUAAUGUAAUUUUUUUUUGACAUUUUAAAGGCAGUAAUAAUAAUUAUUCCUAAAAUUUUAAUAAUAUUUAGAAUAUAGUCUUGAAAGAAAAAAUAAAAUAUGAUCUUCUAUUGUUAUUAUUGAUUGUAAUAAAUAAAUUAGCGCAGGUUAUUACUUCAUUCUCGCUGAACAGUUUCUCUAACACUUAAUGAAUGCUCCUUUUUAAGGGUACAUAAGGCUAGUAAGGUUAUAGUGUAAUGUUUGUAGGUUCACAGGUAUGCGCAGACAAACAGACAAACUCAGUUAUAUUUUAAUAUAUAAUCUUACAUUAAAAACAACAGGAUUUUUUAAUGGGUAAUGAUGCUUUGUCAUUUUUUAUUUUAGGCUGUGAGUGAUUCGUUAUUUUAAAUUGUGCGUUGCUUAAAAUUAUAAAUUAGGAUAGGUCCCUUUUGAUAAACCCAGUGCUAAUAUUAUGUAGAGACAAACCUACAGUAAGUUUACACCCGUCCAUUAAUUGUUGGUUUUGAUUCUGUCGGUUUGUAUAUCCAAUGUUUGUCCUUGUGUGUGAAUCGACAAUUAUACAAUAAUAAGAUAUGCCUAAGUUAGCAGUCACGAUUUCUGGUGUUUGCUCGCAAUCAUAAGGUAGUAUAAGAUAGGUGAGUAGUCUUGAUUAUUUCUACCUUUUUUACAACUUAUUAAAAGGAUUUUUAUUAUAUUUUAAUGUAAGAAAUAGGCCCUAACCAUCGCAAUAGCGAAAAUGCGCAAACCCACGCAUUUGACAUACCAGGUAAGUGCGAGAGAGCGCACGACAUCGGGACAACUGCUCCCACGUAGCGGGGUUGCGCAUGUCGGGUUUGGCUGCAUCUAAAUAUAAGUAAUAAUUACAUUAGUUUGGAAAUUAUUAGAUUAGAUAGGAAAUUCUAGUAACAUUAUAAUACGAAUAAAAGUAAGUUCUGUAUUAAUACACAGUAAUUAUUGUAUCUAGUGACUCAAUUUUUGUAACCAGAAUCAAGCACAGAGUAGUUUAGAUAAAUUCAUGAGUGUUUUUAGAGUAAAAUUACAGAUAAACAUUUUUUUAAAGUCUACACAUAGGGAACACGGAAAGCAAUAACGUCAUAAUACUUUUUUCUAGAUUUGUUACGCAGUAAUUGACAGUUGCUGCCAUUUAAUAGUGUAUUGGAUGAUUGUUGAGCCGCAUUGGUUUGAUGUAAGAGGGUUUUAUCUUGGUGCUAGCAUUCAGAGUCGAGUGAAUGGAUUAAGAUAAAUGUAUAAUAUUGUGUUUGGUCCUGAUUUAGAGCUUAUUAAUAUAUUAUAUAACUAUAUAGCUAUGUUAAUUAUCAGUUUAUUGUAAGAUCUCUCGCUCUGUAUAAUCAUUGUAUGUUGUGUCGGUGAGGUUUCAAGUGUCAGUUCUGUCACUUGUAAAUGAUACAUCACUAGAGUGGCUCACGUUCAUUUGUAAAAACUGCUGUAAAUCUGACUGAAAAGCCAAAGUAAACAGUGAUUUAUA